AGAAGUGCUUGACUAAUCGCCAAUAAAUAUUAUUAAAGUGACUGCAAAGCAAAAAUGUGCACAUUUUCCAAGACAAUGCGGCUCUUACCUUUACCUGUGCUCUUUCUGGCAUUGCUGGGCACGCCAAUGAUCUUUGGACAGGAUAAUUGCAAUAGUACAUGCCAGUUGGUGGAAUAUACAAAAGCCCUUGAAAAUUCGCUAUCCGUGCGGCUAAUCCAAAAUAAGCAACGAAACGAAACUACUAUAGGAACUAGGAUGAAGAAUAUUGAGUCCAACCUGUUAUCAUUGAGUUGUAAGCUUGUAGGUUUUCUAGGCGAAUGGCGCACUGCAGGUUCCAAAUCAUCAAAAGAAGAAUUUACCAAUCCUGAGGAAUACAUUGUAAAAUUACCCAAAAUUCGAAUCCCAGAACUGUUCGCCGUUUCCUGUGGGAUUCGCGAUACCUUAAGGAAAUAUAAUCCAUCGGAUGAGGAAAAGCAGCACAUACAAGAAAUGGAGACCCUGCUAAAAGAUAUCAUUCCUGAGAAACUAAAAAAAACCAGACUCAACCCCCAACUAUAUGCCAAUGCCAUCAACUCCAUGUGCGCGCAUUAUUGUAUUGUUCCUGAUUUACUGCAUUGCUGAGUUGCUCCAUUGGGUUGCUCCGCCCUCUACUCAGUCGCUUAUUUUGUUCUAUCCAUUCAAUAAAAAAAUAUUGCUUAGAUUGAAUUGUA